AUGGCCGCCAUUAUCUCGGACGGCAUCCCCUGGCAAAAUGAGACGACGACAACUGAACACACAUUAAUAGAUUCGUCCGAUCCUCAAGACCUGGAUUAUCUUGGAUCAACGGAAUUUGCAAAUUCUACAGAAUCUCCCACUGAGUUGUACGAUCAAAACGUGGAUCCGGUGCUGGCGUCGUCAAUGUUGGGAGCGGUUUGUCUAAUCAGCGUCCCAAUCCUCUGCCUGGCCAUCUACGUCAUCUACGCCAACAAGAAGAUCUCCAAGGACGUCAAGCCGUUCCUGUACCUCGAGAAUGCCUGCAGAAUACUUAUCCUGCUAGCGCACGCUUUUUGGGGAAUCCCCUCGGGACUUUUCCUGGUCCCCGGCCAACUCUUCAUCCUGGAUCUGUUAAUAGCCUAUACAUUUAAUGUAUCAUUUACUUGUGUUUGCCUAGCCCAACUGGCGAUGUCUAUCAAUAGAUUUUUUGCCGUCUACUUUGAUGGCGUGUACUACGAUCGGCAGAACCUGGGGAAUCGCGUGAAAUUGAGCGUGCUGAUCGUGUUGCCGAUGAUUUUGUACAUUCCAACCGUUAUUCCCCCACUAUCCGUCGGCUACUUUGAGCCCUACUUUUUCUCCUUCACCUUUGGCCUCUACUUGAACCCGAAAGAAGCGGGCAUGUUCUGGUACCUAUUUUUAUAUUGGUAUCUGGUGACGAUAUCAUUCAUCGCUCUCAUUAUCAUCUGGAUUAUCGGCUUCUUCUUUGACGGUCUGGUGCUGUUGAAGACAGCAAUAAACCAUGGCGCAAAUGCCAUCGGAGUCUCGGCUGGCUUGCUCGGCAAUUUUGUCCGUUUCGACGCCUUCCAUCUGUUCCUCUUCGUCACGUUCAUCAACUUUGGCGUGUACGCGGUGUUUGGGCUGAAUCAGAUCAUCUUUCUGCGGUCAAAAAAUCGAGAUGCCGCCGGGUCGACAGUUUCACCGCCAAAAAGCGCCAUAACGGGCAUGACAAUGAUACGA